AUGUCAGACAAAGAAAUGGAAAGCGAUUCCGAUGCCCCUGAGGUGUUUACCGUCCGUCAGGGGAUGCAACAAGAUGAAGAGAUAAGGAAAGUGCAAAGAGAAAAUAAAGCUAGGGUUGUGCGUGAGGUAAAAGAACGUCGCAGAAAAUGGGCAAAGAAUUUGACUCCAAAGCCAUUGCCCAAAAAAAGAAGCAUCAAAGAUGAAACUGAAACCAAAACCGAAACGUAUGAAGACUCUCAGGGCAAUAAUGGAAUGCUUCCGGAUGACAUUGUCAAACUUCUUGCGGCCCGUGAAAAGAUAGUCUUCACAUCCGAUUCUGAGGAUGAGAAAGUUGAGAAAAAGGGCACCUCAAAAAAGCGAAAGCUGAAAAAAUCCGGGUUCGAACCUGUUAUCUUGAAGGAGAUACCAUCUGCGCAAUGUGUACAGAGUUCAUUGAAGUUUUUGAACAAACGAAGAAUGCGGGUCCCAAGAUCCUCGGCAGUUUUGAACAACUCAAAUCAAGCUUUGCGCCUCCUUUCGAAAUCUGGCUUGUUAAAGUAG